AUGGGUGUAGUAGGAAAAGGAGUAUUAAAGAAGGGAAGUGGCACAGUGGGAGUGGAGAGAAAUAUGGAUCUACAGAGUGGCGUCACUUGGCUACUCCCAAUGGUAACUCCAUUUCACAAUCCCUUUCCAACGCACUCUUCUGCUUCCUUCGGUGUCCCUGUCGGAUCACGUGCUUAA